AUGCUCUCUCUAAUCAAAAUCUCACGCUUCACAAACGACGCUGCGGGCCUUGAGAAAACUCUCCGCCUAUUCCAAGCCGUGGCCCAAGUCAUCGCCUUCCACUCCAUAUCCCCCAACCCCUAUCUCCGCGCGAGAUACCAAAUCGCACUCGGACGCCGUUACUUCCGGCUCCUGAAAUGGGCUGAUUGUUUCGUUUUGUCUUAUAAAGCUUUUGUGGGAAGCAGUGGGGUUGUGGGUGUGCUGGAAGUUGGGAAAUGGAGUUGUUUGGCAUUGUAUAAUUUUUUGGAACUGUUUACGCUUGCUGAUGAAGAGAAGUUGGAUGCUAUGGGUGUUCAUGAAAGUGAUUGGGCUACACCGCUGUUUUUGGAAGCGAAUAAAUUCUGGUUUUAUGGUAUUUGUCUCAGUUUGCUGCUGGGAGUUGUACAGUUGUGGGGAUUAGGUGCUAGCCCUGCUAAGCAAAGCGAAGAGAAAGAAGAUGCGGAAAAAGUCAAGAGAGAAAGGAAGGAGUGGGAGGCGACUAGAGGGACGAUUGUGAGGAAGCUUGUGAUUGAUGGUUGUGAUCUAUUGACUCCCGGUGUUACUACCGGGUGGAUUGUGGUCUCCAGUGCAAAUGUAGGGAUGGCGAUGGUG